UCUCACAAAAUGGAUUGAGUGGACCCAUCCCUAUGCAGCUUGGGAAGUGCUCAAAUUUAGAGGAGUUGUCUUUGAGCAACAACUCUUUAAGUGGAAGCAUUCCUCUUGAAUUAGGCAAUCUUAAUAUGCUUUCAACAAUUGAUAUCAGCAACAAUUCCAUCAGUGGAAAGAUACCCUCCCAACUUGGGAGUUUACAAAACUUAAAGGUCUUAGAUCUUAGUUACAAUGAUUUGUCAGACUUUAUUCCAAGUGACUUGCUUCGUUUAAAUGAUUUAAGUCACUUGUAUCUUCAUUCAAAUAAUUUAGAAGGUCAUAUACCUGGAAAUAUUGAGCUUAUGUUCUCUUUGGAAUCUUUAUACCUCUCCCACAACAGAUUGAGUGGACCCAUCCCAACCCACCUUGGAAGUUGCUUGAAGUUAAGGGAGAUUUCAUUGAGUCACAACUACUUAAGUGGAAGCAUCCCUCUUUGGAUUGAUAAUAACAACAGCCUCUCACAAAUUGAUAUCAGCCACAAUUUCAUUAGUGGAGAUAUACCUUCCACCCUUGGGGAUUUUCCAAACUUGAAGGUCUUGGAUCUCAGUUACAAUAAUCUCUCAGGCCAAAUCCCAAUUAAAUUGCUUGAUUUUCCAGAAAGGAACAAAGGGUUGAGGUGUGUGAAAAUUAUUCUUCCCACCACCAUUUCUGUUGUCUUGGUAUCUCUGGCUUUGUUGUUGCUUUCAAGAAGAGUACAUAGAGGUAAAAGUAGGGAAUCAUAUCCAAGUCCAAUGAAAAAUGGGGAUAUAUUCUCAAUAUGGAACUUUGAUGGAAGGAUUGCAUAUGAAGACAUCAUUGAAGCAACUGAGGAUUUUGACAUCAAAUAUUGCAUUGGCACUGGUGGCUAUGGUAGUGUUUAUAGAGCACAAUUGCCAAGUGGCAAAGUAGUUGCUUUGAAGAAGUUGCAUCGAAGGGAAGCAGAGGACCCAACCUUUGAUAAGAGUUUCAAGAAUGAGGUUAAGAUGUUGAUAGAAAUACGACAUAAAAACAUUGUGAAGCUUCAUGGAUUUUGCCUGCAUAGGAGAUGCAUGUUUUUGAUCUAUGAAUACAUGGAAAAAGGAAGCUUGUUUUGUGUGCUUAGAAAUGAUGAUGAAGCUAUGGAGUUGGAUUGGAACAUAAGAGUGAAUGUCAUAAAAAACAUAGUGCAUGCUUUGUCUUACCUUCACCAUGAUUGCAUCCCACCCAUCAUUCAUCGGGACAUAUCAAGCAACAACAUUCUAUUGAACUUGAAACAAGAGGCUUUUGUUGCUGAUUUCGGAAAUUCUAGGUUUUUGGAUCUUGAUUCAUCCAAUUAUACCGUACUUGCCGGCACCUAUGGUUAUAUUGCCCCAGAGCUCGCCUAUACAAUUGUUGUGAGUGAGAAGUGUGACGUCUAUAGCUUUGGAGUUGUGGCAUUAGAAGUAUUGAUGGGAAGGCAUCCUGGGGAACUAUUAACAUCAUUGUCAUCAUCACCAUCUUCUUUGAAAAAUGUGAUGCUAAGUGACAUAUUAGACACACGUCUAUCGCCUCCAAGAAGUAGAAAUCUUAUGAAGAAUAUUUUGGUUGCUACUACACUUGCAUUGGCUUGCUUGCGAGCAAAACCCAAGUCUAGGCCAACAAUGAAAUUUGUGUCUCAACAGUUUGUUACCUGCCAAAUACCACUUAGGAAGCCUUUUCCAUCUAUUUCUCUAUUGGAACUUGUGAAUAGUGAAUUGAAGAUGGAAAACGAAAUAGAAUCUUUACCAAGACUUUCAAGUCAUCCGGCCACAUAUCAUGAUUCUUCCUUAAACGAAAUCCUUGAUGUCUAAUUUUGAGAAUCAAAUGGCUACCCUGUUUUGUUGAGGGAUUGUCAAUAAAAACAACUUGUUCCUCCUUUAGUUAAUAAAUGGAGUACCUUGCA